UUAUUUUUUGCAAAAACUUUGAAAUCAGUUACAGUUUGCUGCAUAACCGACUGAGCUUCCAGCAAAAUGGUGGUUUAUGUUUCUUGACUUGACGUUUUUAUGGUGUUUUGGUGUAAAGAAAACGAUAAAAAACAGCUUGUUUUCAUUUGAAGAGCAAUGUUUAAAUGGCUCAACCCCCCGACCCCCAAACAAAUCGCCAGGCUUUGCUCGACAAACUCGCUGCACUAGACCAGCAACUGGAGGAUUUUAAAUCACGUGGCGUAACCAGCGACUUCAAGGCCGAAAUAAAGGCCCUUCAUGAUUACAACGAAAUGAAGGAUUUGACCCAAAGGGUGCUUGGCCAUUUAGCAAACUUUGAACAAGAGUCAACACUAGCUGAGUUGCAUGAGCGGUACGAUCUUCCCUUGGAGUGAGGAUUAGGUGCGCGCGGUUAAUGUAUUUAUUUUUUUAUUGAAAAUGUCCGAUAAUUCCGACGAAAAGGGGCAAAACGACAAGGACGACAACAUCUGUAGGGAUUACAUUCGGGGGAUUUGUGACCGGAGAUAUUGCAAGUACAAGCACGAAACGGACAUGAAGACGUUGAAUUUUUGCCACGAUUAUCAGAACAACAUUUGCCCCAGGCCCACCUGCAAAUUCAUCCAUUGUACUCCGGAGGAAGAAGUCGAGUACAAAAACACCGGAGUCAUGUCGAAUCAUAUUCUGGCCGAAGCAACACGGAAGAAUCAAUUACCCGGAGCCCAACCGAUUUGUAAUCAAUUCCGGAAGGGUUUGUGCAGACGCAGCUUUUGCAAGUAUCGACAUUUGACCCGCGAGGAGGAAGAUGCAGAAAUUAUGGAAUUGAUACAAAACAAUAAUAAGAAAAAUAUGAUUUGUGUCAAUAAUCCUCUAACUGAAUCUCAAGUAAUGAAUACGCUAAAUAACGGUCUUCAUCGAAGAAAUCCGAUAAGUUACGAUGAGUAUGAAGAUUGUGGGUUGCAACUCCCAAAACGUCGAUUUAUUGCUGCUCCGGAACCGGAAAUACUCACUAAUGGGGACUUGCAUCCGGUUGAACCGAACCGGGUCCGGCCGGUUUUCAAGGGUUACUUUGCCGGGAAUCCACCACCUCCAAUGCUCAGCAGAGUCGAUGCAAGGACCCUGAUGUUGGAAGAAGAGAACAACAUGUUGCACAAAGAAAUCGCCCAACUGAAGCGUCAAGUGUCCGAUUUGACGGCAACCAACGAGUUCCUCCUCGACCAGAACGCCAAUCUCCGUGUUUCGAACAAACGCAACGAAGGCGUCUCGAUGCCCGCCGUCACCAUAACCAACACCAACACUCCUCAAGUGAUCCGAACGGUGACGGCGAGCGUCGCCACCGUCCCCGUGUCCUUAGCCACCGUCUCAACGUGCAACCCCGUCUCAGUGUCAAUUGCGGGCGUUCCAACCGUUUCGAUGGCGCCGCCUGCACAAAUCCUCGCUCCUAGUCAACAAAUCCUCGUUACGACGAAUCCGUCGACGCAAGCGCAGCUAGCGAUAGCCCAACAGAAUUUGGCAAAUAAUCUCGCUCAACAGGCCCAACCUCAAUUGACGUCGCAAGCUCAGUUGGCGUUGGCCACGACUACGCAACAGUUGACUUUAGCCAACACGCAGCAGGCGCAACAGUUGGCCAAUCAACAGCAACAGCUGGCCAAUCAGCAGUUGACGUCGUUGGCUAACACGUCGCAAGCGCAGUUGGCUAUGGCGAGUGUGCCGCAGCAGUUGCUGACGCAGAAUCAACAAAUUGAGAUGCACAGAAAUGCGAUUAAUACGUCGCAAGUGAACGCUAUGUCGAAUACGACGCAACCGAUGGUGUCGUAUCCGAUUAUGACCCAAAGUAUCAACCAUGCGUUGACGCAUUAAAAACAUUUUUCAAGAGUUAAGUUCAGUGCAAGACUGAAGUUGUAGGUUAAGGUUGUUUCAAGCUUAAAUAGUUUCUGGUUUUUUAAGAAGAUGUGCUUAGUUCUGUGUUGUUUUGAUAAGUGAUUUGUGUGCAGCUUCCUUGAUGAUUAAAGGGGGAGCUACGUUCGCGGAAAACGUUGGGGUUGCUUGGUAACCAAGGUUUCGGAACAGGUGGCGCCACGUUAGGGAAACUUCCUUCACUGGUCAAGGAAGCUGUGGGUUUGUGCAAGUCGGGAAAGCCCUGUACAAAUUUUUCGAGUCUUAGGUUAGGUAUUUGAUAAACAGUUUUGUCUCCGUUCUAAUAUUGUUAAUACACUUAAAAUAAACUUAUUUAUGUCGAA